AUGAAUUGCUACGAUAAAUAAUAAGAUUUGUACAGAGUUUUAGCUUUAUCACAAGAUUUGGAUGAAUACAUUUUACUUGAAGUACUUAAAGUGCUCAAAAAAGAGAAAAUCCAAGACUGUUUAGAAUUUCUCUAAAAAAAUGAAAAUCAAAAACAUGACAAAAAAAGUCUUUUUAGUGUAGAAAAUCGAUUUGCUGGGGAUGAGGUAUAAAAGUUUAAUGAAAGAAAAAAAACAUUUAUGAAAAUUACUAAUAUUCUCAAAAAUAUUAUAGAUCAUGAUUUUAAUAAACAAAACUACUCUACUGAAAGUUAUAAACAAAUAAAAUUAGAUCUGAUUAAAUAAAUCUCUAAUGAUAAGAAGAUCGUUGAAUUUAUAAAAUUCUUAGUUCUUCUUACAUCUAUUGAUGAAAGAUUUAUCUAAAGUGGAUCUAAUUCAUUGAAUUUAUUAGUUGAAAUGAAGGUUGAUCUAACAAAUAAUAAUUUUGAAAACAUUAAAAUUAAAAAUACUUCUUUGAUAGGUGCAAAUUUUGUCAGAUGCAGUUUGAGUGGAUCUGACUUUGAUAAUGUAAAUAUAAGUGGAAUAAAUUUAAACGGAGCAUAGCUAUUUCAAUGCAUAUGGAAAAACUUAAGUAUUGAUUAGUUAAAUCGACUAAAUAGUCAUAAGAGUAGAGUAAAUUCAGUAUGCUUCUCUUUUGAUGGUACUUAAUUAGCAUCUAGUGGUGAUGAUAAUUCCAUUCACUUUUGGAAUGUGAAAACAGGAAAAAUACUCUUUGUAUUAUAAGAAAGUAGCAAUGUGAAGUAAAUCUGUUUUUAACCUCACGGCAGAACAUUGGCUUCUUGCAGUAACAAGUUUGUGUCUUUAUGGAAUGUCAAAACUAGGAAAAAAAUGGUGAGAUUAUUUGGCCAUACAAGUAAUGUUUAAACAAUCUGUUUCUCUCCUGAUGGUACUAUUUUAGCCUCUGGUAGUAAUGAAAUAUCAAUCUACAUAUGGGAUGUUAAGAUAAAAUCAUAAAACCGCAGGAUUUAUGGGCAUACUGGUUGUAUCAAUUCAGUUUGUUUCUCUCCUGAUGGUUCUUUAUUAGCAUCUGGGAGUGACGAUAAGACUAUCCGUUUAUGGGAUGUUAAGACAGGAUAAUAAAAAAUGAAGUUAGAUGGUCACACUAGCGGUAUUAAUUAAGUUUGUUUCACUCCUGACAGUACUUCAUUAGCAUCUUGUAGUUAGGACAAGACUAUUCGUUUAUGGGAAGUUGAGAUAGGAUCAUAAAAAGCCAAAUUAGAUGGGCAUAAUAAUUAAGUCAUGGCAAUAUGUUUUUUUUCUAAUGGUAGAACCUUAGCGUCUGGUAGUUUAGAUCGGUCGAUUCAUUUAUGGGAUGUUAAGACAGGAUAAUUAUAAGCCAAAAUAGAAGGUCAUGGUGGUGGAGUGUUUUCAAUUUGCUUCUCUCCAGAUGAAUCCACAUUAGCAUCUGGAAGUGAUGAUAAGUCUAUCCGUUUGUGGGAUAUUAAUACAGGAUCAUAAAAAUCCCAAUUAAAUGAUCAUCGUUAUUCUGUCUAUUCAAUCUGUUUCUCCCCUGAUGGUUAUACUUUAGCAUCUAGUAGUAUAGAUAUGUCUAUCUGUCUAUGGGAUAUUAAGACAGGAUCAUUAAAAGCAAAAUUAGAUGGUCAUACUCAUAGUAUUAGUUCAAUUUGUUUCUCACCUAAUGGUGCUUCAUUAGCAUCUUGCAGUUAUGAUAAGACUAUCCGUUUAUGGGAUGUUAAGGCAGCAUAAUAAAAAGCCAAAUUAGAUGUAUAUAGUGAAUAUGUUAUGUCGCUCUGUUUCUCUCCUGAUGGUGCUACAUUAGCAUCAGGUAGUUAUGAUUACUCUAUUUGUUUAUGGGAUAUUAAGACAAUGUCAUAAGAAGCCAAAUUGGAUGGUUAUAGUGAUCAUGUUAUGUCAGUUUGUUUCUCUCCUGAUGGUACUAUAUUAGCAUCCGGUAGUGAUGAUACUUCUAUUCGUUUAUGGGAUAUUAAGACAAGAUAAUAAAAAGCAAAAUUUGUUGGUCAUCUUUCUUCUGUCUAUUCAAUCUGCUUCUCACCUGAUGGAGCCACAUUAGCAUCUGGUAGCGCAGAUAAGUCUAUCCGUUUAUGGGAUAUUAAAACAGGAUCAUAAAAAGCCAAAUUAAAUGGUCAUGAUGAUAGAGUGCAAUCAGUCUGCUUUUCUCCUGAUGGCAAAAUCUUAGCAUCUGGUAGUUAUGAUUACUCUAUUUGUUUAUGGGAUACCAAGACAGGAGAAUAGCAAGCCAAAUUAGAAGGUCAUAGUGAUUUUGUUAUGUCAGUUUGUUUCUCUCCUAAUGGUACUAUACUAGCAUCUGGUAGCAUUAAUAAUUCUAUUCGCUUAUGGGAUUUACAAGCUGUGCAAUAUAUAAAACCUACAGAUAAUCAAUUUAAAGAUAUUUUGACUUAAUACAAAACCUCAAUAUCGAAAAAGAAUAUACGUUUAGAAAGUGGUAUGUAUUUUUUCUAUGCCUUAGCUGCCAAUAUAACCAUACUGUUAAUAUCCCAAUAGCUAAUUUUUUAAGCUUAAGAGGCUCUAAUCUUUAAAGGAGAAUUUGGAAAUCAUAAAGGGGUAGAUCUAAGGACAUUAUUUAAAUAACGAGGCAGCAUUUUUUUGGAAAAUUAUAUUGAAUUACAAAGGCAAUAAAAUAGUUGA